AUGCCCAACCUGCAAAUCAACCUCCCCCACCCCAUCCACGCGAACCUCCUCGCCACAAUCGAAACCUACAACGGCGCAGAAAACUUCCUCUUCUUCCACCGCGGCUUCUUCUGGGCUCCUUGGGGGAUUUUGGGGCCGGUGGCGAGGGGGGUUGUGGGAGACGCGCCUGCUGGGGAGGCGGCGGCGGGGGGAGAUGGGGCUGGAGAGAGGUGCUCGAGGAUAUCCUCCUCCUCCUCAGCCAGCGCGUGGACAAGCAGUACCGCGCGACAAUCGCCGCCUCCCCCCCGCCUGCAAGAGAAGCUCUUCUUCCGCCAACCACGCGCCGCCAACCGCGAAGAACUCAACCUGCGCGACGCCCUAAACCCUCUGCUCCCAUGGAACUUCACCCAGUACCAGCAGAAAACGCAACAACUAGCGCCCACCCCCAACGCUGACCGCGGCUACGGCUUCACCUUGCAAAGCGCCCAUUUCCCCGGCGACCACGAGAACCUCCCAGCGACCGCCACCUGGGCCCUCAAACUGAACGUCACGACCCCGAAGCACUGGACCGGCACUGAGAGCUGGCGACGCAUGCACCUCUUCCGCGCGGGCCACUUCGCGACGAUUCUGUACUUCCACUGGGAGCAGCUGGACAUGGGCAGCAGGACGCUGCGGAUUGAUAUCGUGUUUCCGGAUGGCGAAGUUGUGGAUGGCAAGCCUUGGAUGACGACUACGGGCGAGGUUUUCGAGGCGGAGAUGGAUCUUGCGAGGGAGAUGGGGUUUGUUAGCAAGCCCACGCGACAUGGGAUUAGGCCGUUGAAGAAGGCGAAGAAGUUGGGAGGGAACUCGAGGUGGGAUUGA